UUUGCCUCAAUUUCUUUUCAUAUCAUAUCAUAAGGAAUUUUGAGAUUUUUCAUUAAUCCUUCUCUCUCUAAAUUGCAUAACAUAAUUAGCGUUCUCUGUAAUCGACAAUCAACCAAGGAAUGGCCAUCAGUUAUCUUCCUCCAAGAAUCAUCCAGAUUUUCCAGCAGAUUUUGCCAAUGGGAUGGGGAAACAUAUUCAGAAGACGUAUGAGAGUAUUUACAAUGGCUCUAGUAAUAUACCUAGAUUAUAAGGUUUUACAGCAAAGAGAAAAAGGGGCUAGCAAUCCUAAUACUUUAUGGGAAAAAGCUCAUGAGCGCAAUGCUAAGCGUGUGCUCAGUUUAAUAGUAGAGUUGGGAGGUUUGUGGGUGAAACUUGGACAGUAUAUGUCAACACGUGCAGAUGUGCUUCCUGACGCUUAUAUAUCACGUCUCAAGCUGUUACAGGACUCUCUUCCUCCUCGUCCCUUGCAAGAGGUUUGUUGGACUAUCGAGACAGAGUUGGGGCAAUCAAUGGAUGAUCUGUUUUCAGAUUUUGUCAAAAUUCCUUUAGCAACAGCAUCUAUAGCACAAGUCCAUCGUGCAACUCUGCUUAAUGGGCAGGAGGUAGUUGUUAAAGUUCAACAUGAGGGCAUCAAGAAAAUCAUAUUGGAGGAUUUGAAGAAUGCAAAGAAAAUUGUUGACUGGAUAGCUUGGGCAGAGCCACAGAAUGACUUUAAUCCUCUCAUAGAUGAAUGGUGCAAAGAAAUUCCCAAAGAAGUUGACUUCAUUCAUGAAGCUGAGAAUACUAGAACAGUCUCUAGAAAUCUAUGCUGCAAAAAUAUUGAACAAGAUGAUAAAACAAAUGCCAAUCGAGUUGAUGUUUUGAUUCCAGAUGUUAUUCAGUCAACGGAGAAAGUCCUUAUUUUAGAGUAUAUGGAUGGCAUUCGUUUGAAUGACUUGGAAUCACUGGAAGCGUUUGGUGUUAACAAACAAAAGCUUGUUGAAGAAAUAACACGUGCAUAUGCCCACCAAAUUUAUGUUGAUGGGUUUUUUAAUGGUGAUCCUCAUCCUGGAAAUUUUCUUGUGAGCAAGGAACCUCCUCAUCGUCCAAUUUUGCUCGACUUUGGGCUUACAAAAAAACUGUCAAGUCCUAUCAAGCAAGCACUGGCUAAAAUGUUUCUGGCAUCUGCUGAGGGGGACCACGCAGCUCUUUUGUCUGCUUUUGCAGAAAUGGGAUUUAAGUUGCGCCUGGAUAUGCCAGAACAGGCAAUGGAGAUAACAAGUGUACUCUUUCGUACUUCAUCGUCAGCAAAGGAAUCUCUUGAAACUAUGAAAUUAUUGUCGGAGAAAAGAGCAAAAAACAUGAAGAUUAUACAAGAAAAGAUGAAACUCAACCAGAAAGAAUUUAAACGCUUUAAUCCUGUUGAUGCAAUUCCUGGAGACAUUGUAAUCUUUUCACGGGUCCUUGGUCUUCUAAGAGGGCUUUCUUCCACACUGAAUGUUCGCAUAGUAUAUCUAGAUAUCAUGAGGCCAUUUGCAGAAUCUGCUUUGCGAGGACAUAUUAGUAGGGGACCAAGAGUUAAUGAUCACUGGAUCUAUGACACACCUGUCCAUUCUGAUGUGGAGGCCAAGUUAAGGCAGUUCCUAGUUGAGCUGGGGAAUAAUGAUAAAAUACUUGGAAUACAGGUCUGUGCCUACAAAGAUGGAGAGGUUAUAAUUGACACUGCUGCUGGAGUGCUUGGUAAUUAUGAUCCUCGUCCAGUGCAGCCUGAUAGCCUUUUUCCUGUUUUCUCUGUGACAAAGGCUAUCACAGCGGGAAUGUUACAUUGGUUGGUUGACAAUGGAAAGCUGAAGCUCGAGGAAAAUGUUGCAAAUAUCUGGCCAGAGUUUGGAUCAAAUAGGAAAGAUCUCAUCAAGGUCCAUCAUGUGCUUAACCAUACAUCUGGUCUUCAUAAUGCUUUAGCAGACAUCAUCAGAGAAGAUCCUUUACAAUUGUCUGACUGGGAUGAGUGUUUGAAUCAUAUUGCUUUGUCAGUACCUGAGACUGAACCUGGCCAAGAGCAGUUGUAUCACCAUCUAUCUUUUGGCUGGCUAUGUGGUGGCAUUAUUGAGCACGCAUCUGGGAAAAAAUUUAAGGAGAUUCUUGAAGAAGCAUUCAUUCAUCCCCUCCAAAUUGAAGGCGAGUUAUAUAUUGGAAUUCCUCCAGGUGUGGAAUCUCGACUUGCAACACUUACUACAGAUAGAGAUGAUCUUCAGAAGCUCUCAGGGAUCAGCAGUCGUCUUGCAACAUGUACACUAAAUAAAGAUGAUCAUGAGAAGCUCUCACGCGUCAUCAGUCGUUUUGACGUAACCUCCACAAUCCAGCUGGGUGAUGUUUCCCAACUUGCAACCACCCUGCCUGUUACAUUCAACAGUCUCAACAUUCGUCGUGCCAUCAUACCUGCUGCUAAUGGACAUUGCUCAGCCCGUGCACUUGCACGUUACUACGCAGCCCUAGCUGAUGGUGGUAUGGUACCUUGGCCCCAUUCUUCUUCUUCCAAGCCACCACUUGGCAGCCACCCACACAUCCCCAAAUUUCCUUCCCAAAAGACCAGCAAGAGGCAGAAAAGUAGCAAAACCAAGGAGGUAUUUGCUGCUGCAAUUAACAGAACUAAUGAUUAUGAAAAGAAACCAAAUUACAGUGAUGUUAGCCAUAGUAGAAAUUCCAGCAAUGAUAGUUGUACUAGGCUUGUGAAUGAUAGCGGCAAUAGCAAUAGCAUUAGUAUGACUGACAGCAGUGAAGAUAGUAAUCCUCGAAACAAUUCUGUUGGUAGGAUUUUUAGCAAUCCUAGAAUUCAUGAUGCAUUCUUGGGUGUUGGUGAAUAUGGAAAUCUCGCUUUGCCAAAUGGGAAAUUUGGCUUAGGGUUUAGGAGGUCUAUUUCUGAGGAUGGGUCCCUUGUUGGCUUUGGGCACUCAGGACUGGGCGGAUCAACCGGCUUUGCUGACAUGAAUAACAGGUUUGCUAUUGCUGUGACCGUGAACAAAAUGUCUUUUGGGGCUGUAACUGGAAACAUCAUUAAUUUUGUUUGUUCGGAGUUGAAUAUCCCGGUGCCAGAGGAGUUCUCAAUAUUCAGUGAGAUGGGACCCAAUGCACAGAUAUGUUUGGGGAGACUUCUGAAUAAUUGAGGAUGGGAGUGAAUUGUAAGCCUGUACCAAGAAGGCUUUUCGACUCUUAUUAUAUACCCAAGGAAAAUGUAGAUGUCAGUGUUUUAAAUUUA